AUGCCGUACCAAUACCUCACUUUCAGCGACCUGUACGAGGAAAAGGUGCGAUCAUCUGCACCCUCGUUGCCCGCCACGGGUGUUUCCUCUACACUAUCACCCGUCUUCCUCUUACCCACAGCAUCGGCUUCCCAUGACAGCUCGGCGUAUCGUCAUCAGUACCUUCAACCAUCACGCUCGCACUCUUUCCCGCGUCGACAAGAUGUACAUUCACACGCGAUGCUCAAGACGCUCACUCAGGAUUCGGAUCUGGUCGCGGCUCCCUCUUCACAUGCCUCGUCAUCAUCAUCAUCAUCAUUCUCUUCACCAUUACAUGUGGACUUCCUCCGAGUCUUCAAACGAAAGACUUCGCUCAAGUCGUGGUCUCGAAAGAACUCGGGUCACACCUCGGACUCUUCCGCAUUCUCCACACCCACGUCCUCGCGUCGCUCUUCGUUCGCUUCGCAAGGCUUUAGCUCUCUGCAUAACCCAGCUUCGACCGCUUCGAGCGCAAACACUUCACCAGCCAUCUCAAGACAAGUGACAAAAACCCCGAUUUCGGAUUACGAAGCUAUGAUCCACAACACAGAGAGGCAGGAACAGGUUGAUGAGGCGAAUCGUCAGAAAGAGCUGCAGGCGUAUUUUAAUCAGGCCGCUGAGACAGGACUGGGCCUCAGAAGGUUCUGA